CUACAGCAUAGUCCUAACACUUGGGUGGCUUACACCACUUCGAGAGUCGGAUCAGCUAGGUUUCCUGAACGAUACCAGGCGUCCUUCCCUGAUUCAGUGACGGUUGCUGGUUUAGAAGGUAACCUUUUAUUCUUAAUUCAUGAUUUUUACUAUUCGAAUUUGUCUCAUGUGAUUAAUGAAUCUUUUUCAUGUUUUAGUUUCUGAGGGUGAUUCAGUUUUCGAAGUUUCCUCCGGAGCAAGUACUUCCUCGAAGACUCAAUCACAGAAGAUGCCAAUUCAACCUUCCUUCCGUUCCAGGGGUAGAUCGACCAAGGCUGCCAGCUCCUCUAGAGGGAGUGACAAGAACCAGGGAGGAUCCUUCCUUGACUCUGUGAAGGAGGCUCUUGACGAAGGAGGCUCUGCUCCUGCUAAAGGUGUUGGCUCUUCGGAGCCUAAGGUUCAGGAAGUUGGCCUUCCCUCCGAGGUCCCGAUGGCUGAGGCUGAUCCUCAAAUGGUGAGGGAUCCUCCGGAGUUUGAGCCCCGAGGAACAAGAGGUCCCGAACUGACCAGGUUGACAGACCUUCGAGGUCUUCCUCCUCCUCCUCUAGAGGAGGAACCGUUGGCUGGAACUUUGCUCAUUCGAAGCCUGGAUCGGUUUUGGACGAUCCGUGGGGUUUGGCUACUCUGAUGAGGCAUAUGAAGAGUCCCGGGUGUUCCCUCCCCUCGAUCUCCAAUCUCACGCACAAGGAUGAGUACGUCGAUAUUGCUCAUCACAUGGGUCAGCUGGCUGGUGCUAUCAACAGGGCUCAGUUCAAAUUUGAGGACGCUGUACACAAUGCCCC